CUUCGCUUCGAAUACAUAAGGUUGUUUGCUCCUUUAUUAGGCUUUAUUAAUGUGCGUGUAUGUAUUUUAUAUACAUCUCUGGAUAUAUAGUACAUAAUCAAUACGGUUAAUUAUCGUAUAGCACGAUAUUUAUUUGGUAGUGUGAUUCAUACAAAACUAAAAGAAUGAAAUAUCUCCAUUCUUCAUUGUUAAUAUUAAUACUGUUAACGAUAUCGCCGAUUCAAGGAUACCGUAUUUUAUGUAUAUUCCCUCACAACGGGAGAAGUCAUUUUCAAGUGACGGGAGAGCUGUGUAAAGCUUUAGCGCAACAUGGUCAUCAGAUUGAUAUGAUCAGUCAUUUUCCAUCUAACACUCUCAUAGCGAAUUAUACGGAUAUAGUGAACCUGCAAGGAACCAAAAAGGCCAUUGUCAAUAGUUUCACCAUGAAUUUUGUGAAAGAUUUAAAUAGUGCAUUAACAUUUCAUAUUGCCACCACCUAUGGAAGUGAUUUGUGUACCCUGAUGGGUCACGAAAAGAUGCAAAAGUUCAUCAAGAAUCCACCUAACGAUCCGCCUUACGAUCUAGUUAUCACGGAGUAUUUUGGCUCAAGUUGUUACUUUGGGCUUGGCCGAUUUUUGAACGUACCAGUAAUAAGUAUCGUGACGGGUCUAGAAUUUGCCUACAUAAGUGAAGUUAUGGGAAAUCCAAUGAGCAGCUCCUUCUUUCCCGGCCUUUUCGUGGAAUAUCCCGUGCUUGUGAAUUUUUGGCAACGAUUGUCCAACACGAUUGAAAAUUUCAUUCAGCCACGCAUAUUUAAUUACUAUUCAUCACCUCAAACUGAUGCGAUGAGAAAGUACCUGCGACAAGAUAUGCCAGAUGUUCGGGAAAUCGAAAAAGACCUGGCGUUAGUGUUUGUAAAUAGCCAUUAUUCUUUCCAUGGAAUUCGACCCGUUACUCCCAGCUUAAUCGAAAUCGGAGGACUGCAUAUGGAAAUGGAUCGAUCACAAUUAACCUCGGAAUUUCAAAAAUGGAUGGACGACGCAGAGGAUGGCGUAAUAUAUUUCUCUUUGGGUUCUUUGAUGAAUAUUGAAUCGAUGCCAAACAGUUCUAUACUCGGAUUAUACGAAUCUUUCAGAAAAAUUGCGCCCAUUAAAGUACUGAUGAAAGUUACAAAUGAAGACAAGAUGCCACCUGGUCUCCCCAGUAAUGUUAUUACAACAUUGUGGAUACCGCAGAUGGCAAUAUUGAGACAUCAAAAUACACGGGUAUUUAUAUCACAUGGCGGCAUGAUGGGAUCCCUGGAAGCAUUUUAUAAUGGCGUACCUAUGAUAGGUAUACCCUUGUUCGGAGACCAGCAUCGAAACGUUAACGUUUUCGUGCAUAAGGGUAUGGGGAUUAAAUUAAGUUACGACGAUAUAUCUGAAGAAGUGUUAGAUGCUGCACUCGACGCUGUGUUAAAUAAUCCCAGCUACACAGAGAAUGCGAAACGCGAGGCUUUACGUUUUAAGGAUAGACCAAUGACAGCGCGAGAAGUAGCGAUCUUUUGGACAGAAUACGUGAUCCGCAACGGUCCAAACGCCUUACGUUCUCCAGCAAUGGACAUGCCGUGGUGGCAGACAAACCUGAUCGACGUUUACGGAUUUGUAAUAGCGUGUAUCAUAGUUGCAGUAUAUUUCCUGGCGAUAGUCGUCAAAGUCGCAAUUAACAUUUUCUUAGGAAGCAAAAAUAUCUUAAAAACAAAUAAGCUUAAGAAACAUUAAACUUUUUCCUUAUUGUAGUUUUAUGUUAAAUUAAGUUAUUAAAUAUACACGUGUACAACUUGUGCAAUUUUGGAUAUAAA